UGCUUUGUUUGUAAUAAUACGGAAAGAAGUCAACAAGUCAAGACCAGGCCAGGGUGGGUGAUUCUCUGCAAUAAUGGAUUUGAAACAGUUUGUUCAGUUUGGACGGAAGAUAGUCGCAGUGGGUCGCAAUUACGGAGCACAUGCUGCUGAACUUAACAAUCCACUGCCAAAAGAGCCGCUUCUGUUCCUAAAGCCCACAUCUUCCUACAUCGAAGAAGGACAGGCGAUAAAGGUUCCGAGACAAUGCCAGGAGCUGCACCAUGAGGUGGAGCUCGGCGUGGUGAUUGGCAAGCGUUGCAGCGGUGUCGACGAGAGCAGCGCGCUGUCCUACGUCGGCGGCUACACGCUUGCACUGGACAUGACCGCGCGCGACCUGCAGUCGGCCGCCAAGAAGGCCGGCCUGCCGUGGACGGUGGCCAAGGGCUACGACACGUUCUGCCCCGUCAGCCGCUUCAUCAGCUGUAGCGAGUUGCCGCGGCCGGACAGCGCCACGCUCUGGCUGAGCGUGGACGGCCAGCGGCGUCAGCACGGUAACACCAAUGACAUGAUCUUUCCCAUCGCAACGCUGCUCUCCUACAUCAGCAACAUCAUGACACUGGAGCCGGGCGACGUCGUCCUGACUGGCACGCCCGAAGGUGUCAGCGCCGUGCAGCCAGGAUCUCGUAUCGAAGCUGGCCUCGACGGAGUCCUCCAGGUCUCCUUUCCAGUCGAGAAGUCGGCAUAGGUUGCCUUACAUAUGCGUGUAGGAGACAACGGGGUACAAGAUAGUGCCAGCCCAGUUGCUUGACAAUGACAUUCUUCAUUUCGUUAUUAGCUUCCUGCAAGCUGAUGACGUUCAUAAUUUUUUUAUUAGAUUAGCCCGCAAGCUGGACUUGAUUGGGCAUCGUUCGUCUUACUUCCAUUCCUUUUAUACCACGCAUGGGUAGUCUACAAAAGGGAUCUUUACUGCUUGUUGAGGGCAUUCUGCAACCAUUGAGGUCAUUUUGUUUUAGCUGACACCUGCCAACUCAUUUCCCACUAACAAAGGAAGAAAGGGUUCAGACAGCCACGUACAUGUACAUACAAUGCGUUCAAUAUUUUUGUGAAUUGUCAAACGAAAGCGCACAAAUGCAUUCUUUACUACCGGUAUUUUGUGAAAAGGAUCAUCAGGGAUGGGUAAUUGCAGACCGUCCUUUUUACGUGA